AUGGAAGCAAUGCUGAAUCCACGAGGAGAUUUGCCACAUUCUACCUUCCAACCAAGCUCCUACUUUUCCAGGUCGGAGUCGACUCUAUCCGCCCUCAGGCACCGUCGCCUCUCGUCUUACCCGAUUCCCAUCAAGAAGUCAAAGAAGUCUCAAUGUCAUGAUUGGAUCUUCUCGACCGCUUCAAACACACACGUGGCAAUCGAUCGAGCUUCCUUUAAAACAUAUGUUUCCUUCAAAUCAUAUGUCCUCACUGUCUCUGAUCAACGUCGAAUUGCUGUCCAUGGAAUUGGAUCAGUCGAGAUCAAGAUCCGCCGAGCAGCUGGCAGUAAAGAAAGCCACACCAUUCGUCUUGAGAAUGUUCUUCAUGUUCCGGAUUGGUUAUGCAACAUCUUCUCCGACGUCUAUUUCUCUCUAGAUCAGGAAUAUGAACACACUUGGACUCAGUUUGGUGUCAACUUCUUCAUGCAGGAAGGAGUCCAUUUCAGACCAUGGGGCUACACCGAGAACUUCUGUGGUCUCGAUCGAUUGGUUUUGUCCAAGCACCUGCAAGGGCGCAGUCCAAUGCUCGAGGACCCUGAUCGCGAGAUAUUCUCCAUCAGCCUGAAUUUUCCACAAAGCCAGAAAAACAAAUGGGGCGAUCUGGUUGCGACCGAGAUGAAGAAGGAAGCCACAAGAUAUGAGAAAUAUCUUUCGAAGCAGAAAGAUUCGCCAGACAAUGGUUCGAAGAAAGAGCUCUUACUGCCCAAGAACGGGACGACAAACACGAUCCCGGUCGAUGCAAAACGGAAGGAAGACAUGGCCAACACUUCGACAGAUGGAAUCAAGUGGAAACUGAUGCCCGACAUAUCCAUUCUUUCAGCACAUAUGAGAAACCAAUCGGUGAACAGUGUAAACGAAUUCGAGGGAGGCCUUGACUUUCUGAAGCGAGUGUCCAGUCUUAAUUUUGGAAUGCAGAGAGGAGUGAUCACCGGUUGA